CCUGGGAUCUACGUGACGUCACCAGUGUAAUUUGAGUCCGGAGCUUUGUUCACACUUUAAAUAGCAGUCCAGGGAUGAUUUUACACAGACUCCCUGGAAGCGCUCAAGCUGAGCUGGGGAAAGAUCCACAUCGAUGAAAGCAAAGAGAAGCUACCAAACCACCAGCAUGUCCUCGUCUCUCCGAGUAAGCCCGUCCAUCCACGGCUACCACUUUGACACGGCCUCUCGCAAGAAAGCUGUGGGCAACAUCUUUGAAAACAUAGACCAGCAGUCCUUGCAGAGGCUCUUCAGGAACUCUGGAGACAAGAAGGCAGAGGAGCGGGCCAAGAUCAUUCUUGCCAUCGAUCAAGACUUAGAGGAGAAAACACGAGCUCUCAUGGCCCUGAAGAAGAGGACCAAAGACAAGCUUCUCCAGUUCCUCAGACUGCGGAAAUAUUCCAUCAAGGUGCACUGAGCAGAGCAGGAUGGGUCAGGAGCUUAUCCGCCAAUGGACCUUUAAAGACAGACCCAGCCAGCGAGCCUGCCAGCCCGGGCAAGAGCAGCGUCCUGCGCGCUGCGCGUAUAUGCUUGAGCGCUUCUUCCAUCAGGACCCCGAGGAUGGAAGGGGACAGAGCACACCAGCUACAAAGACUCCAACUCCUUGCAGCCCUGAGCUGUCAGACUGAGGGCAAAGUGCCUUCAGCAGGCGUUGAGAACUCUCCCGGCCAGAAAGAACUGGCUUUGCUCUGGUAGGAGAGGAUGGAAGCACGGAACAGAACGUGACAGACAGACCGGGACUGGCAGAGUGCACCCAGGGUCACCGGCAAGGCCCUAAGACUGAACUAAAACCGAACUUGGUUUUUGGUGGUGUUGUUUGGUUUGUUAUUUUGUUUUCUUUUCCUUUCCUUUUUUUUUUUUUUUUUUAAAUGUGUCAAAGCAGAUAGGGAGAGGGAGGAAGCAGGAGGAAUAACAAACCUGAAUGGUUUACUGAGUUUUUAAAAUCUGAAUGUUUAAAAUGUGGCUAAACCUUAAUACUGUUUAUUAGCCAAGAUUUUUAGAGAUCAGUAAUUGAUUGCUUACAUUUGUUGCAAUGCCUAAGAAAGUGUAUAGCCUGGUAUUAAAGUCAGGGGACUGGGUGCUUUGCCCAGCCCAGGAAAACCCACACCUCUGUCUACAUGUUUCUAGAGGAUUUGUAUACAUUUCAACCAGGUUUGCACAAAGUUGAAAUAAUGGGGCUAUCCAUAAAUCUGAAGUACUGUGAACAAUUUUUUAAUGUUUUUUACUCUCUGACUAAUGCUAACAUCUAAUCUAAUUAAAUGUCCUAAAGAUACUGCAGCCAUCACUAGAAAGUGAGCAUGGGAAACUUCAGAAGAUGCUGUGUGGCCUUUAUAAUUUAUUACACAUUGUAAGUGAUACGCAGCCCUAAUAAAUUAUUAUAUAUAAAUGUA